AUUUAUGUCCCACAACGGCCACAAGUACUUAUAAUUUCUCUUUAAUUAUUCCAUGAUCAUUUCUGCGUCAACAACCGGAAGAACUUUAAUUUCCGUAUGGAUCGAUAGCUUUAUGAAUGAAAAUAUACUCCUAAUCGAAAAAACAUUAGCUCGUUGUUAUCAGCUUGGGAAAAAAUGAUGAUGGCACCACAAAUCGUUCACUUCACGUUAUUGUUCACCUUUUUCCUAGCACGCAGGAUUAAAUAUGCUAUUGCGAUACCAGACAGAAAUUGCAAAUUACCAGAACAGCCUUAUAUAGAUUGGACGAAAAUGACAGGGAAAUGGUAUGAACACAUGGCGAACGAUGGAGGAAAACCACACUGCGAUAUAAUAGACGAUAUUACUUAUCAAUUAUACGGAUUCGAUAUUUGCAUGAUGUCGUCAAAUCCAAGAGGAGACGUUAUUUAUUCCCUAACAAUAUCAAUAAAAAAUAAUGAAGGCCCCUACAAGGUUUGGUAUUUCGCAAAAAAUACGAAGGAAGGGCGCUCAUUUUUGGAAGAACUAAGAAUGAAAUAUGGACGAAAUGUGUGGAAAAGUUAUUACGGAACAACACUUAUGGAAGCCGUUUACUUAACCGAUUAUAGCAAUUACUUAAUUUCAUUACAAUGUGGAUCAAGAGGCGAGCGAUACGUUUGGACAUUUGGACGUCAACGUACUCGAGGAAUGAAUGACAUUCUUCGAGAAAAGAACAAACUCGUCGAAGUCGGUGAUGGGUGGAACGAUGCUAUACUUUAUAUUUCGACAUGCUAAAUGAAAACUAUAUUAUGCUAUGCUGUGAGGAUCGCACCCCGAAUUUUUGUUGCUAUUCACAUUUGCAACUUCAUACAUCGAGUACUAUUAUUAGUUCAUAGAUAACUGUAGCAGCAAGAAAGAUAACACGAUCAUGGGAAAAGCACCCCCUCACCCAACUUUGCAAUAUCUUGAUAUACCCUGAUUUUAAUCCCAUAAAAUGUCAUUGAAAAUAUUUUGUCUGUAACGAUGAGCGCAAAUACUUUAUUAAAUGUAAACAAGACUUUGAACUUUUUCUAUCCUGAAUAGUAUUUUUACAAAAUCGUAAGGCGAUUAUACUUAAAUUUUGACUUUUUUCGAUUAAAUUAUAUAUGAAGUAGUAACAUCUGUCACGGUUUGAUUUAUCAAAAUGGCAUUCUGAGUAGUUAAACUGAAAAUGGAUCUUGAUGGAAUACCGCUGAAACAUUCACAUGAAAUAAAAUUCUUGUUCUACAAAGACUUGGUUCCGGGAAAAAUAAUGCAAUGUUUCCUCUUCUGAUCGAGCAAAGUGUAUUUUGUAAGCUGGUGUUACAAUUUUUUAGUUUUCGCUAGACAGUCAAGGAGCCGGCACAAAAACAUCAUAUUUUUUUUUAAAAAUCCAAUCGUCUUCCU